AUGAGAUUGUUUCAGGGAGCCUUCGGCGAAUUCUCAGAUCAUGCCAGUCAGAACAUUGUUUGGUUGCCUUACUUGGGUGGUCUGAUUUCCAUUAUAUUCUCACAUUGGCUCUUUGGAACCGUUCUUCCCAUCAUUUUGGUAUGGAUCAUCCUUCAAGAUUGGUCAAGAUUUUUGCUUCCGCUUCGAAAAGUGAUUUUCUCGAACAUCACCGAGCCUUGUGAAGAUGCGUUGGAUGUGAAUCCGGCUUUUGCUUGCGAGCCAGAUUCAGAAACGGUAGGAUGGGUCAAUAAUAUUCUGGAGCGUUUUUGGACCAACAGUUUGAGACCUUUUGCUCUGGAUGAUGUGAGCAAAAUCGUCGAGAGAGACCUCUUUCACGGUUUCUUGAACAAACUACGACUCUUUAGACAUUUCAACGUCCAUGCCUUUCUCAUCCACUUCGAUCCCGGAGAAAUUCCUCCCAUUCUCACGUUCAUUCGAUGUUCCACAUCCGAGGUUAAUCUGUUGAACCAUGGCUACGAGUCUCUUACCUUUGACCUUGGGCUGGCGGUUGACCUUCAUCCAAAAGUGGAGACUUGGAUUGGAGGGUCGAUGAAGUUCGGCUUAAAGCGGUUCAGAUUGGCCGCUCCUUUAAUCUUCCGAUUUUCUCCAAUGCUAAAAGAUUUCAAACUCGUUGGCCAACUUGAAAUCUCAUUGAAAAGGCAAAUUGCCAUGGAUUGGGAAUUCCAAUACCUUCUCAGAUGUUUGAACCUGACCUUCGUGAAGCGAAUCGUCCAUGCGAUACUUCACAUUUUGGGCUCUUUCGUUAUUCAACCUCGGAAGCUAAUCUUCCCCAUGCUGGUCGAUCCGAAAGUGAUUUGCGACCACCUUCAAAUGCAACGAAUUCCCAUAGCGUUGCUCCGAGUGGAGAUAGAAAAAGGAAAAUCCCUGAAAGUCAGUGAUUGUCCGUUGAUUUGUCCUUGGAUGGGCUUGGCUGAUCCAUAUUGCGUGGUUCGUCUUGGAUCCAAAUACCAUGCCUCCCACAAAAUCCGGAGAUCCCUGAAUCCUGUUUGGAACUUUCAGUGCGAGUUUCCUGUAACAGGUAAGGACCUCCACGAUAAGGAGGAGCUCAAAUUCGUGGUUAAAGACUUCGAUUGGGGAUUCUGUCAUGAGGACGACGAUCUUGGAUUCAUGAACCUAGACCUGUGUGCGAUCCUAGACCAAGAGGGUGUGGAGAAGUGGAUUAACCUUCACAGUGGUGGAAAGGGGAUGCUCAAGAUAUCAUUAUCGGUUCAUAAAUUGCGGAACUUUCCCUUCCACAAGAUUUUGACCAACUCCUCCUCUUGGUCAGGCACUUGUCAAAUCUGUCCUGACUGGAGUCAAGCAGUGUUGGUUUUGCUCUUACAUGAGGUGCAAAUGAGCCACUCAUUUCGUCCAAUGAUGAUCAUUCAAGCAUCCGGAAGAGAUCCAGUGGCAUCGUCGAUGGGAGAGAUAUCAGAAAAUUGGGAGUUCUCAGAGGAAUUCGUCAUUCCCAUCCAUGACGUUCUUCGAGACACCAUCGAAUUGUCUUUAGUGGAUUUUGACGCAAGUUCAGGGGUCUUCAGCCGAAGCAAGCGGGGACUUCGAACUGUAAAGAACGUUUUGAUCUCUGUAGAAGAUCCUCGUAAUGGGAAGAAGCUUGAAAAAGAGAUGCACAAAACCAUGGGUAAGAGAGCCAUGCGAGUGUACGAGUUCCAAGGGAUCAAGCAAGUGAUCACUAUGGACUCGCAAGAGGGGCUGUACAAAUGUAUUCUGAAAGCAAAGCUUUAUUCUCUAGCCAACAAUUGA